AUGCACCCAGAUAAACCUCUGCACCCCAAAAUGAUCGCCAACAAUGUGUUUGAUUAUAUCAUCUGCGGAGGUGGUACCUCGGGAUGUGUGAUUGCUUCCAAACUCGCAUCUUUACCGAAUGUUUCUGUGCUUCUAGUGGAAUCAGGAAGAGACUCUGGCCUGGCACCGGAUGUAUUAGUACCGGGGUGCUAUGUCAAACAGCUCAAAGAAGAUCACGAUGGGCUAUGGGAGCUGGAAACUACCAAGCAACGGCAACUGAAAGACAGAAAACUCGUUUUUCUUCGUGGAAAGCAGAUGGGUGGUAGCUCAGCAGUUAAUUACAUGGCACUUGCCAGAGGUCCUGCUGCAGACUAUGAUGAGUGGGCAGCGCUCACGGGGGAUGAUGGAUGGAAAUGGGAGAAUAUAUUGCCAUUGAUGAAAGAUUUGGAAGACUUCGACCCUCGACUGCCAACCGGUAUGAAAGGAUUUGCAGAUCCACAGCCAUCGAAUCAUGGUGGCUCAGGUCCCCUCAAGAUAGGCUUUGGUGAUGAGAUGGUCCCUGGCGUCCAGACUUUCUUUGAAGCUUGCAUUGAGACCGGUAUCCCCCUAUGUGCAGACAACAAUUCUGGUAAUCCGAUAGGAGUGGGAUUGGCCCAGUUCAAUGUCCGGAAUGGCGAGAGAAUUUAUGCUGCCAACGCCUUUCUUGAUAAUCCAACUCGAAACAGGCUGAAGAACCUCAUUAUUUUGACCGACACUGACUGCGAUAAAGUGCACAUCAAGAAUGGAGUUGCAACCGGAGUUGAUCUGUAUCAUCGACAUAGCGCAGAGACGGUACAUAUUAAAUGUCGGAAUGAAGUGAUAGUAUGCGCUGGCACUUUUGGCUCUGUGAAGAUCUUGAAUUUGUCUGGAAUUGGGCCGCGCGAUAUUUUAGAGCAGCACAAUAUCCCGGUGGUUAUAGAUCUUCCAGAAUGUGGUAAAAAUAUGCUCGACCAUUCGAUUAUCACUUGUGAAUACAAGGUGGACAACCAAGUUCCAGCGCAUAACCAACUUUUUCUUCAACCGAAGCUUCUCAAAGAAGCCCAAGUCCAAUAUGCACAAAGCCGCACUGGUCCACUGGCUAUGUACGGAUCGAACGGAGCAGUGACUUUCCCGAGGAUUCAGAAGAUUUUUGAUUCUGAUGAAUUUGCCAAUCUUGACUACCAGACACGAGACUUUCUUCUGGAGCCCACCAGGCCUUCUGCUGAGAUCUGGCUUGGAUCAGGUCCAUCAGUGUCCUCCGUUGACGACGAACCCCAUGAGAGCUAUAUCACCCAUGAGCUUCUCUUGCAAAACAAUCUAUCCCGGGGCACCGUGACAAUUAGCUCUCAAGAUCCGCGUGAGCUCCCAGUGGUCAAUCCAAAUUUCCUCGACCAUCCGUUUGACCGACGGAUAGCUAUUGAGAGUAUUCGCACUGCUCUACACAUAUCUCGCACCUCGGCGUAUAGAGGAACAAUUGAAAGAAUGGUGCAUGGACCCACGUUUGACUUCAUGUCUACAAAUCCUGAUAUGAUUAGUGAUGAGGUUAUGCUUGACUUCAUUCGCGGCAACCUUGACCAAGGAUAUCACAGUAUGGGUACUUGCAAGAUGGGCAGAAGAAAUGAUUCUACAGCCGUUGUAGAUACCCAGUUCCGAGUUAUUGGAAUGCAAAAUCUGAGAGUGGCUGAUUUGAGUAAGUACAUUGCCAUUGCCCCAUCCCAGCAUCAGAUUCAAGUAUGA